GUGCUGCCACGCUUCUACCCACCAAUGUCGGUAGAUCUCAAAAAAUAAAUCGGUAUUUGAGCAAUGGAAAACAAAUACUUUAUGAAGCAAUGAAAAACAAAUACUUUAUGAAUAAAUAUAUUUUAUUCAUUACUGAUCAGUUUCGGGUAUCAGAAGUACACAAAGAAUCUAAAUAUACGUACAUUGUUAACGUAAUAAAACAAGAACAACAGAACAAUAUAAAUCGAUAAUUAUUAAGUUGUUUAGUCAUU